UGGGGGUGGAUCUGCUGGGCUGGGCAGGUGGGGCUGAAGCCGACCUCUGAUCUCUGAGCGCUGUCUGCUGCCAAAGAACCUCUCUGGGUUUGAGUUUUGGUGCUGCUGAGGAACAGAUCGAGUUAUAAAUGCGGCGCCGGGUUUGCAGAGGGGAGUGAAGCCGGGACAGCAGAGCCAUGCUGGGCGCCGUGCUGCUGCUGCUGGCUUUGGCACGGCCGGCAUCCACGGAAAGCCGCAGGGCCGAGGCUCUCAAAAAGCUGCUGGAAGUUUUUGGCAUGGAGGACCCCCCGCCCGCCCCGGCCCACGUCAAACAGCCGCCGCAGUUCAUGGUGGAUCUGUUCAACGCGGUGGCCAACGCCGACGGCGUCACCAAAAACCCCGACGUCCUGGAGGGGAACACGGUGCGCAGCUUCCUGGAUAGAACUCAAGGUGAGAAGAUGCGGUUCCUCUUUGUCCUCUCCAGCGUGGCCAAGAAUGAGAAGAUCCUGACGGCGGAGCUGCACCUCUUCCGUCUGUGGCCGAGAGCCGCCGAGGGGCCCAGGAGGCAUCACUUCUGCCAGGUCAGCGUGUACCAAAUUCUGGACAAGGCUGAGCCGGACUCCCCCAAAGGACAGAAGCUGCUGGCAAGCAGGCUGCUCUCACUGCAGGGCUCGGGCUGGGAGGUCUUUGUCAUCACGCAGGCUGUUCGGGAUUGGACCCAAGAUGAGAGCAGCAACCGAGGUUUGCUGGUGACGGUCCACAGCCUGGGUGGCAGCACACUCGAAGCCCCCGCCGUGCAGUUCGCAUCCAGCGGGGACCACCAUGAGAGCAAGAAGCCCAUGCUGGUCCUGUUCACAGAUGAUGGGCGCCGAGGAGCAUCCCUGCCCAUGGCCGGGGUCCCAGCCUCACAGCCUCGGGAUUUCCCUGCCAAGCUGACCGGGCCGCGCAGCGCACGCUCUCUGGACCGCCUGCAGCCGUGCCAGAGGCACCCCCUGUCCGUGGACUUCGAGGAGAUCGGCUGGUCUGGGUGGAUCAUCUCCCCCCGGGGUUACAAUGCCUACCACUGCAGAGGCUCCUGCCCCUUCCCCCUGGGUGAGAACAUGAGGCCGACCAACCACGCCACCGUGCAGUCCAUCAUCAACGCCCUGAAGCUGAGCGAGGGCGUCAGCAGCCCCUGCUGCGUGCCUGACAAGCUCUACUCCAUCAACCUCCUCUACUUUGAUGACGAUGAGAACGUGGUCCUCAAGCAGUAUGAUGACAUGGUGGCUGGGAGCUGCGGCUGCCACUGAUGCAGAGAUUUCCCCCCCCAUUGCAGAGCAGCUCUGCAGGGUCUC